GCUGCUGCGGAAGCCCCUGGCCGGGCAGGGUGGGCAGCGCCAAGCUGCAGCCCUCGGUUCCCAGUCCCCAAGCCCGGCGGGGCUAAGGGCCGGCGCAGUCCCUCCCGCCCGGGCCUGCUUACAGGUGGCUGAGCGAGGCGAGCUGGGGCUGGGCCAGGCGUCCGCACCCUCCCACCGCGGCGUCCCCGCCCCCCCAUCCCCAUCCCCAUCCCCGGGAGCUUUGCUGUGAUGAAUGACUUUCCACAGCCCCCGUCGUGGGAACUUAGUGCUUCAGGCUCCCCAGCGACCCCCGACUCUCCUUAAAAAUCGGGGAGGGGAGUGGGGGAGGCCAGAGGAAGCCGAGAUCCCCCGCGAGGUGAUCGAGAGGCUGGCCCGCAGUCAGAUCCACAGCAUCCGGGACCUCCAGCGACUCCUGGAGAUAGACUCCGUAGGGAGUGAGGAUUCUUUGGAUACCAGCCUGAGAGUUCACGGGGUCCACGCCACUAAGCAUGCGCCCGAGAAGCGGCCCCUGCCCAUUCGAAGGAAGAGAAGCAUCGAGGAAGCUGUCCCCGCUGUCUGCAAGACCAGGACGGUCAUUUACGAGAUUCCUCGGAGUCAGGUCGACCCCACAUCCGCCAACUUCCUGAUCUGGCCCCCGUGUGUGGAGGUGAAACGCUGCACUGGCUGCUGCAACACGAGCAGUGUCAAGUGCCAGCCCUCCCGCGUCCACCACCGCAGCGUCAAGGUGGCCAAGGUGGAAUACGUCAGGAAGAAGCCAAAAUUAAAAGAAGUCCAGGUGAGGUUAGAGGAGCAUUUGGAGUGCGCCUGCGCGACCACCAGCCUGAAUCCGGAUUAUCGGGAAGAGGACACGGGUGAGUGGCUGCCUUCAUCGGCAUCGGUGUUGGAGAACAGGUCUUCAGAGCCUUGCUUUUGGGGUGUUAGGUGGCCCCCUUGAGCGCAACGCUUACUGCUGUGUGCAUCUGGGCUGCUGUUGAAGGAUUCGUUGCCCUGCUCCCGGGCCAGAUGCCUGCGGGGGAGACGGAUCCCGCACCUGCAGGUGUCCGGUGGGGAGGGUGGCCCAAGCUGCGGCACUGGCAGGAGAGGAGGUUCAGGUCUCACUGAGAGGGGCUGGGAGUGCAUAAGACACCCAGCUCAUUAGUGGGCUGCGGGGCUGAGCUGAGAAGAAUCUGCAGAAGGGCCUCCUGCCAGGGUGGGCGGGAGGAGCAGGUUCGAGGACUGCAGUUGCCCUGGCUGGCUGGGGUCUCUCCUUCACCCCGCCACGCGGACUCCACCCAGGAGCAGAAUGGCUUCUGUGCUCUGCUAUGGCUGGGCCCUGGGAGCACGAGGGGACUCAGAAGUUCCUCUGUGCCAGGGUGCUGGCCUUCUCUUCUGGAAAGAUAAACAAAUGCCGUAGGUAUUUGUUGCUUCAGUUCUUCACCCCGACGGCCAUCCCUCGGCCCACUCACCGCCCUGCCCUUUUGUUAACAGGAAGGCCUAGGGAGUCAGGUAAAAAACGGAAAAGAAAAAGGUUAAAACCCACCUAAAGCAGCCAACCAGGUAGGACCUGUCUGCCGGACACACUGAGUCCUGCAGGGCGGGGAGGUGCAACUGACUGAUCACACCAGCAAAUCACGCUUCCUGUCUCGCCGGGUGCGGCGGGGAUGUGGCCCUGAUUGGCCUUGAUGGUGUCUGCUGGGCUUGGGUCUCCUUGCUCCCCGUCCGCUCCUGCCUCGCAGAACGCCCUGGCCAGUGGCUCACUCCCGCUUGGGAGCCUGCCUCCAGCUUUGUCCUUCUCUUUGUCGUUGAUUGGGGAUGCAGGAGCAUUGCACAUGAAUGGAACAGGUUGGGCGACCUGAGCAGCGGUGGGGCAGCUCUGAGCGCCUGGCCACUCUGGGAUCACCCACCCCAUUUGACAGAUGAAAAAACUGAGGCUUAACUGAGAUUACAGAUAAGGACUGUUGGAGGCUGAAUAUAUCCGGAAAUCCUUUAUAAACGUGCAGGGCUGUUGGCUACUGUGUUGGAAAUUGCAUUUGGCUGCUAGUAACACCAGACAGCACAGGGAUUGAGAUAAGGUCGAGCUUCAUGACUUUCAUCUAAGGGUGGGAUUGCAGAGCAGGGAGGGUAGUCUCGAGGUAUCAUCAGGGUCCCCCUUCUGUCUGGCUAGUGGCAUCCAUCUGCAGUUGCCUCAUGGCCCAAGGUGGCUGCUAAAGCUCCAGAAACCACAUCUGUGCUCCAGGCUGGAAGAAGGAGUGAGGCGGGGGAAAGGGCAAAAUAACACCCUUAGAGAGCUAUCCUGGAAAUCCCACCCAGUGACUUUUGUGUUUUUCUCAGCUGCCAUCCCUCCACUGCAAGGGAGCUUGGGAAAUGUCUCCUAGCAAGACAUGUCGCUUCCCAGAUGGAGGUGGGACCUGAGCAGCCGCCAUCAUCACGGAGGAGGCAGUUUCAAGCCUUCCUGGUCCUUGGCAUUGGCCCGUCUGGCUUGGAAAAGUUGGAGCCCUGUCUGGCCUGGUUCCUCCUCCUGGCACGUGGGACUCCAUGGCGGCCAAAACAAAUAGUUUCUUUAGAAGAGAGGAGGAUCUCAGAGAUAGGGUGUCGGAGAACCCUGGCUCCUGUUUGCAAUGUGGGACUUGGGCCUGCGCGUGAGGUCCAUUCAUGAGGAGCCUCUUGGGAGGAAAUUGUCCACUUGGGCAGGUCUUUGAAGCAGUCCAGGACUGUUGGUCAGCCUUGGCUUUGUUUGCUGAAAGUGUGGCGUGGUGGGUGCUUUUGUGCCUGCCUGUGGGUCCCAUUUCUACAGAGCGUUAGGCUCUGGCCUCCAUGGGCCUGCUGGUGACAGACCCCAUGGUGAGAGGCUGGCACUCCUGUUGUCCCAUGCCUGGCUGGUACUCGUGUUCAGCCUAUAGGCAGCCCACGUGUUGGAGUGUGCGAUGGAGAGGCCACAUGGGAUGCGGAAGAAUUGUUCUUAAACGAUCAGCAUAGGUCUGCCUAGGUGCAGACUCUUCUGUCUGGCUGGUGGCCUCCAUCCUCAGGGUUGUCUCAUGGCCCAAGGUGGCUGCCAGAGCUCCAGAAAUCACAUCUAAGCCCUAGGCUGGAAGAAAGGAAGGCAGGGAGAAGGGCAAAUGAACCAUUCUUGGCCUCAGUUUCCCCCAUCUGUACAAUGGGAGAAUGGGGCUUGGUCUCUAGACAUGUUCUGUGAGAUGCUGUGAGCCUAAUCCCAAUUCCUGUCAGGGUACUGCAACGUGGCCAAUGUGGCAAAUGUGAUUCUGGAAAUUUCAUGAAAACUUGAAAUCCCUGUGUGCCCCUGAUUGGGUUAAAUGUUUUCACCCUGUUUUCCUCUUAUGCAGCGAUGUGUGUGCUGGGUGGUUCACUUGGUCGGUGGUCUCAGUGUCUGUCUUUCCCUUCUCC